GCGCGCGCCGCCUUUCCUGAAGCAGCUUUAGCGGAACUUGUCCCGGAGGGCGUCCUCACCGAAUGGCGGCAGAUUGGCGACACGCAGAGCGAGCCUGCUGCCAAUGCCGCCGCAAAGGCCGCUGCCAAGGCUCGCCUUCGGAAGCUCGCGGCCGUGUCCCUGCGGCUGGGCACCGGCUCCUUGGAAGGCAUUGGCCUCAAGAUGGCGACCAACGAGGAGCGCACUGCUGCCGCGGGCUUCCUCGUGGAGGGGACGCAAUUUCUGCAGUGGCUCCAAGCGGAGUUCGGGAUAAACCGAGCCAUCGCUACACAGCUCUGGGAGCGGAUGUCAUGGCAGCGUGACGUGGUGAACCAGCAGCGCGCCUUCUCCAUGACGUAUCCCUUUCUGGGAGUUUGCGGGGCUCUUCACCUGGAGGACGUCUGGCCGCUGCACGCAAACCCCGACCCCCUCGGACUCCGCGGCCGCCUCUGCUUCUUUUACACGAGGCCUUCCAUGAAGCGCGCGAUACAGAUCGAGGCAGCCAACCGAGCGCUCGGCAAUCUGCCCGGCUCCAACCGACUCGAAGAACGCCUGGUCGACCGCUUCUAUCACAUCUAUCGCGCGCACGACGUGCAGACUCGCGGUGAAGCUGCCUUCGCUUACCACCUGGACUAUCCAUUCCUUAACUACACUUUCGUGGACGAUGAUGCAGGGGCCGCAAAAGCUUGCUUUGUGGAGAACUUCGACCAACAUGUAAAGCUACAGGAGGAGCUUUACCUCGUCCAGCACGAAGAGUCGAAAAGGCACGGCAAGCUCAAGGGCAAGCACCUCCGCCAUGCUCUUAACUGGCAUAACCUCCUCGCCUCCUUCCAGGGACACGCGCCCGAGGCUUGGCCUACGGGCAUUGCUCUGCCGGCCAUGCGCGCGGCCGCCCUUCUUGGCGAGCAUUGUGAGGCGGUGGCCUCGGAGCUGCGAGCCACUAUAUCCCAGACAGCUCGGGGCGACAAACCUGAUGCUGGCCCCCCUGCGGCCGAUGCUGCGUUGCGCACGCAUGCCGCCCGUAUUGCGCGCUUGCGUGCCCUGCCCUUUCCAGAUUUCUUGGCCGGCAUCACUGCCGUGCACAAGCCCAUCGUCUUGGCCUUCGCGGCAACCGUGCUCCAGAUGCUCACGGUCUGGUUGGACUCCACCUGCCUUCGCUCGCAUUCUAAGCUUCGCGAUGCUGCGCCAGAUGACAACGACGACCGCCUCUCGCUCGCUUGGGAAACCCUCAUCUUCCUGGAGAAGCUACAAUUGAUGGCCUGCGUCCUCUCCACCAAUCCCAAUGGAGCCAAGAAGCUUUUCGCUGUCACACGCCCCUUGGAUCCCGCGGCCGCGUGGCAUGCGUCCCAGGUCGCCUUGUUGGAUGCCCUCCAGGUGCCGCGGGCUGACCAUAGCGCCCCAAGCCCGGAGGCGGUGGUCAACGAGCGGCCCAACUCGGCUCCAGUCUUGUCGUUCGUAGCCUUCGACAUCGACCUGGCGGCCACACAUCUGGACCUCUUGACCGCGUGGACGGCGGGCUAA